UCUUGAUGAUCCAGCCUGCUUGCUUGAUGGAAGAAGCUGCAAACCAAGAAGAUGGUUGGGUGAUCUGCCGAGUGUUCAAGAAGAAGAACCAUCAUCAUCAAAAGAGCGUGGAAAGCGCCACCAACUGCUCUUCUUCUUCUCUCUCCGCCGAUGCCAAGACAGAGUGGCUGCACUCAAACGGCGACGGCAUGUUGGGCCAAAUCCUCCAAUACAUGGGAAGAUCUUGCAAGGAAGAGAGACAAGAUCUCAACAGUGAGAAGUUGAUGAGGCUUCCACCUCUCCAUAGCCCGACCCUUCCAUGGUUUCCGGAGAACUACACCAACCAACAACUCGAUCAUCCAUCCGGGUAUCAGACGAGCUACGUACCGGACGCGAUCCAUGCCCUCGCGGGCACCGAGUCAAACAUCAACACCUGGGCCGCGCUCGAUGGGCUUCUCGCGUCGGAGCUGGACGGCCAGGCGGAGGCGCUGAAGCCACUCCCCUGCUUCGAUGACCCAAGCUUGGGUGUCUGCUCGCCUGCAACACUGUUCACCCCGGACAUCCAUCGCAAUCGCGACAGGGACGACGGCGACGACGAUCUGUGGAGCUUGGCGAGGCCAGCAACGAAGCACAUCAGCCACGUUCCAUACUAACGCGAAACCUUCGUUUUCUUCACGGUCUGAGGAAAACGAGUUUUGUCGCCCCAAAUAGUAUGCAUAAAUAAGGUGAGUGAGUGGUGGUAGAUGGCUCCUCCUGUAAUAUUUUACGGAGAGGUGGAUGUUAGGAGAAGAUGGAACUUUAGUUAGUGUAGUUUGGUGUGGCUUCGUUUCAUCUCUGGCCGAGGAAUUCCACGGCGAUGGGGAUCCAUCGUUCUGUCUUGUCAAAGUUGGCGUCAGCCUGCUUUAAGAGAGGAGAGUGACAUGAGAAGGGAUCGCAUGUGAAACACACACAGAGAAAGCGUGCUUAGUGCUGCGUUAAUUUAAUUAGCAUUUACAUGUUUCAGAAUUUAA